UUCUCUACUCCGCUAACAGGACACUGAGCUCCUGAGGGUGCUGAUCGCAAGCCCACGAGGCGACCGCUCACUCUCGCAGCACGGCUGCCGCCCCCUAACAGAGCCAGAAGAAAGAAGAGUGGUUCCUCAAAGAGCCCCCUUUGCUUUAUGACAGCUUUGCACACGCUUUGCAUUCUCUCAAUCCCAACCUGUCAUAUUAUACAUCAGUCCUUUACUGCACGUCAUUCACUUACCUGUCACCUGAGUGUAUGAGGGAGGCUGAGCAGGACCCGGAGCCUCAUCACGGUGCCUCCACCUCACUCACAAGAACAUUCAGCUGCUGACUGGAGAGGAGGGGGAGUAUAUAGAGGAACACAGGGUUCUGUACAAGGACGUGAUGAUGGAGAAUCACCAGCCCCUCACAUCACUGGAUGGACCCAGUAACAGAGAUACCCCAGAGAGAUUUCCCCGUCCUCUGUAUUCCCAGGACUGUACAGAGGAGAAUCACAGGACCCCACAGGAGCAUCAGGUUCAGUGUGAAGAUAUGAUGGUUCCUAAGGUAGAAGAUAUAGACGUAAAAGAAGAGAAAUAUAUGAAUAUAGUGUAUAUGUCGGAUAAUGAGGCAGAAGAUCUAGAUGAAGAAGAAAAGACGUAUGUGUCAAAUAAGUCAGAAGAUACAGAGGGAGAAAAAGAGACGUAUGUGACUGACAUGAAGGCAGAAGAUACAGAGGAAGAAGAAGAGACGUAUGUGACUGAUAUGAAGGCAGAAGAUAUAGAGGGAGAAGAAGAGACGUAUGUGACUGACAUGAAGGCAGAAGAUACAGAGGAAGAAGAAGAGACAUAUGUGACUGAUGUGAAGGCAGAAGAUACAGAGGAAGAAGAAGAGAUGUAUGUGACUGAUAUGAAGACAGAAGAUACAGAGGGAGAAGAGGAGACGUAUGUGACCGAUAUGAAGGCAGAAGAUACAGAGGGAGAAGAAGAGACAUAUGUGACUGAUGUGAAGGCAGAAGAUACAGAGGAAGAAGAAGAGACGUAUGUGACUGAUAUAAAGGCAGAAGAUACAGAGGGAGAAGAGGAGACGUAUGUGACCGAUAUGAAGGCAGAAGAUACAGAGGGAGAAGAGACACAUGUAACUGAUAUAAAGGCAGAAGAUAGAGAAGUAAAAGAAGAGACAUAUGUGAAUAUAGUGUAUAUGUCAGAUAGUGAGGCAGAAGAUGCAGAGGGAGAAGAAAAGAUCUAUGUGAGGGGUGAUCAGCAGUGUAAGGAGGAGGAAAGCACUACAUAUAUCAGCAUAGAUGGAUGCAGCUACAGGAAUAGCUCAGAAGGACAUCUCAUUUUGACUCGAGGAAAAAACACCCUUCUCCGAAAUAUACAUCCAGUAAUUAAGAAUUCCACUAUAUCAUCUGAUGCAUAUAAUAAUAAUGAUGACACAAUUUGUCCUGAUACCUCUGGUAUUGCUGCACGUAGUACAGCUCACACAGGUGCUAAAAUGCAUUCAUGCUUUGAGUGUGGGAAAUGUUUUACAAAGAAAGAUCUUGUUAGACAUCAGAGAAGUCACACAGGUGAGAAGCCAUUUCCAUGUUCCGAGUGUGGGAAAUGUUUCACACAGAAAUCACAUCUUUUUAGACAUCAGAAAACUCACACAGGUGAGAAACCGUUUGCAUGCCCUGAAUGUGGGAAAUGUUUUACAGAGAAAUCAUCUCUUCUUAUUCAUCAGGAAAGUCACGUAACUGGUUUAAUAUAUACAUGCCCUGAGUGUGGCCAAGGUUUUACACAGAAACCUGAGCUUGUUAAACAUCAGAGACGUCACAUAGGUGAGAAGCUAUUUCCAUGCUCUGAGUGUGAGAAAUGGUUUACACAAGAACAACACCUUAUUUCCCAUCAGAGGAGUCACACAGGUGAGAAACCAUUCACAUGCUCUGAAUGUGGGAAAUGUUUUAUAUACGAAUCACUUCUUGUUACACAUCAGAGAUGUCACACUGGUGAGAAACCAUUUUCAUGUUCUGAGUGUGGAAAAUGUUUUACACGGACAUCGCAUCUUAUUAGACAUCAGAGAUGUCACACUGGUGAGAGGCCAUUUUCAUGCUCUGACUGUGGGAAAUGUUUUACACGAAAACCCGCUCUUGUUGCACAUCGGAGAAUUCACACCGGUGAGAAACCAUUUCCAUGCUCUGAGUGUGGAAAAUGUUUUAAGAUGAAAUCAGAUCUUAUUAUACAUCAGAAAUGUCACAACAGUGAGAAACCAUUUCUAUGUUUUGAGUGUGGGAAAUGUUUUAAACUGAAAUCAAGACUUGUUGCACAUGAGAGAAGUCACACAGGUGAGAAACCAUUUAUAUGUCCUGAUUGUGGGAAAUGUUUUACACUGAAAUCAGAUCUUGAUACACAUCAGAGAAGUCAUACAGGUGAGAAACCAUUUAUAUGUCCUGAUUGUGGGAAAUGUUUUACACUGAAAUCAAGUCUUGUUACACAUCAAAAAAAUCACACUGGUGAGAAACCAUUUGCAUGUCCUGAUUGUGGGAAAUGUUUUACACUGAAAUCAGGUCUUGUUGCACAUCAGAGAAGUCACACUGGUGAGAAACCAUUUCUGUGUCUUGAGUGUGGGAAAUGUUUUGCAAGGAAAGCACGUCUUGUUAGACAUCAGAAAAGUCACACAGGUGAGAGGCCAUUUUCAUGCUUUGACUGUGGGAAAUGUUUUACACGAAGUUCAGGUCUUGUUACACAUCAGAAAAUUCACACUGGUGAGAAACCAUUUCCAUGCUCUGAGUGUGGAAAAUGUUUUAAGCAGAAAGCAGAACUUGUUAGGCAUCAGAGAAAUCACACAGGAGAGAGGCCAUUUAUGUGUAACGAGUGUGGGAAAAGUUAUACUAUGAAAUCACAUCUUAUUAGACAUGAGGGACUUCAUACCAGUGCGAAACCAUUUCCAUGUUCUGAGAGUGAAAAAUGGUAUUCACCUUAUUCGCCACCAGAGAACUCACACAGGUGAGAAACCAUUUUCAUGUUCUUUGUGUGGGAAAUGUUUUACACGGAAAUCAGAUCUUGUUAUACAUUAGAGAAAUCACACAGCUGAAAAAUAAUUUCCCUAAAGCUGAUAGACAUGACUGAGAUACAGUAAUAUUAAAACAAAUGAACAAGAUAAAUAUCAGAAAAAGUAUUUCACCGCCUUAAUGAAGGAGAAUGAUUAUUUCUGGAAAGUGGGUUUUUAUAAGAAAAGGCACUUAAUCUGUGAACGCUGGCUACUUACAUGAUUUCUGGUUUCAUUGCAGUUCCAAUUGUUUGGACCCUUGUAACCCAUUCUGACUUCAUAUCUAUUACUGGUAUAGUCCCUGGAGUUUCACUGUUCUAUAUUGCAAAGUUCCAGUAAUAUGCUUUAUGAAUGGGCAAAAAUACAGUUGUUAAGGAACUCCAGCGCUGUGUGUGUGAGACCCCUAGAGCCAGUGAGAGGAUCUUCCGCCAAUAACAGCCGCUCCUCUUCCCAUAGAGCUGUGUGCAAUCACCUGUACUUGAGAUGCCGCCUGGACUUAAGGGGCUCACACAAUAGGCUAGAGACCACAAGGUAAUAACCUGGAGUGUAGCAGCUGGCAAGGCAAGAGUUACUUUUAAGUAGACUAGACAACAAUGGUAACUGCAGACAGACUUUGGCAAAAUAUGCCGACUGAAGACUACUGUACUGGAAAUGUAGAGGAUUAAUACACAGACAAUGGUUACUGGAGUCGUAAGGUGUUCAUUGCAGGUGAAACAGCCAGGUUGAUGGUUAAUUGCUGGAAACAAUCAGGUGCUGGAUGUCUACUGGCAUUUGAAGCAGAGUGCUGACAGCAUGAACCUAGCUGCAGGGAGACUUGCUGGAUGAACUGUGUGACUAGGCCGCAGUUUGCAAUCACAGACGGGAUACCGACACAGUGACUAAGCUACGACUUGAGUACAGGUUUAGACGUACUGAAAAUACUGUAAUUAGCCGCAGACUUGUGACUACAGGCAUGGCUGGGAUGAAUGUACUUUGCUUUUGGCAACCACAGACACACAGGCUGGAUGUGCACAUAACCAGAGCUAGCACAUUCACAGAGACAUGGCAGGAGCCUGGACAGUGGACCAGACACAACACAAUGACCGGUACACAGCAGAAUCCAACAGGGCAUGGGUGCAGGACUGGCAGGGACAGCACACUGAGGACUUAGGCAGGAUACAAGGAUAUGGGAACACAUUGGCAGGGAACCAGGACACAGGUACAGACGAGGACACUGGGAACUGUACAGGGAUUUCAUGACAAGUUCACUAGCGUCAGGAACUAGGGAAUAUCACCGGCAGGCAGGAACUGACUAGAAUCCCUAAUAAAAGGGAGACAGACCAAUCAUAGGAGUCAUCAGGCUGAGGUCAGGUAACACAUUUCCAAACUGAUGAGCUGCUGCUAAAAGCAGACAGCAUCCUAGUUGCUAGGGGACAGCCGGAAUACAAACAGGAAAGAGUCACAACAGUGCAAACCUAAAAAAAAAAAAAAUUCCAGGAAGAAUCAUUCUACCACAUCAAGGCUAUAUAAGACCUUUGCUGAUAUUUAUCUGUGGAGUUGUGGCAGUAAAUUUUUAUUAACUUUUUUGGCGUUUAUUAUCAUUUAGAUUUUUAUAUUUUGACCACCGUUUGCCGAUUUAGAGAUACAGUAAUACCUUAUAGAGGGCAAUUCAAAUAUUAAGUCAUACAGUAUAUUAAGUUAGAUUAGGCCUUAUUCUUGGCAAUAAUAAGACUACAUUGUUCUAUAGCAUUCUAAUAAAUAUUCUCGACAAUGGGCUUCAGAUAUAAUGAGAAACUGGGACACUAUUACAUUGUUUGGUCAUACUUUCUAAUCAGCCCUUUAAGUGUUAAGGAAGAGUGGGACUUGUCCUCAACAUAUAUAUCAAAAGUGUUGAUGACAAGACCCAAUCCUCAGCACUGUAGGAGAUUAAAGAGGGGAUGAAAUUUACCUUACUGUUGAUAGUGGCCAAUGGAGGAGGCAGGGCAUGAUGACCUCAUACUGCAGGUCCUAUUGACAUCAUCAGGCCCUACCUAUUAGUCUGGAAAUGGCUGAAUGGCAUUAAAAAUGCCCAAUCUUCCUCAUCCUGGAACCUAAAUAUUCUUGGGUAACUUCUUUAGAAAGAAGGGAGUCAUCUUUUUCAGAUUAUUUGUUUACUUUAGAAGUUGUCAUUUGAUCAGUGUGUUCACCAGUCAGUAAGUUUCUAUGCUGUAGAAAUCAUGAAGUAAAGGGAUGGAGAAGGAUCUCUCCCAUCCUCACUUCAAUAAAUUCAAAGACACACUCGAGAAUCAGUGUGGGCAUUUAAUGUGAUUGUUCUCCCUCAUCCUGGUAUGUGCAUACUCACUUUCAGUAACUAUGCCCACUUAGUACUUAUUGUCUGGUGAUGCCAAUAUCACCCCAUCCUGACAUCAAUAAAUGUUCCUCUCAUUCCAUGUUAGGUUGUCUACUUUUCAAAAUGGUGUUUCUUGUUGGGGUACAUAAUUGUUCUUGCAUAUUCUAUGUAUUUCAUUCAAACUAAUAAAAAUAUGCAUCAUGA